AUGCUGUCCUUCCUCUCUGCAGGGAUCUCUAUGCCGAUUCCUGUGCUGGGACUCAGAGACCACUCCAAGGUGUUUAAAGAUGGCAGCUGCCUGCUGACAGAUAACAACUUCGUGCUGGUCGGCUCCUUCGUGGCGUUCUUUGUGCCCCUCACCAUCAUGGUCGUCACCUACUUCCUGACCAUCAACGCCCUGCAGAAUGAAGCCACCCUCUGUCUGGACCAGCUGGUGCCGCGGCCCAAAUGGAGCACGACGUUCACGUUGAGCUUUUUACCACAAACCUCGCUGUCUUCUGAAAAACUCAUCAGACGCUCGCUGAGCCGCGACGCCGGCGGCAGGGGGAGUAGCGGCGGCCUCGGAGGCGACCGUGGGAGCGUCUCAGGCUCGCUGUUCGGACGCCGCACCAUGCAGUCGAUCAGCAAUGAGCAGAAGGCGUCCAAGGUCCUGGGGGUGGUGUUUUUUCUCUUCGUGGUCAUGUGGUGUCCGUUCUUCAUUACCAACGUGCUGGUGGUUGUGUGCGACCCGGCGGUCUGUGACGCAGGACUCAUGGGAGGUCUGCUGAACGUCUUCGUCUGGGUCGGAUAUUUGUCCUCUGCAGUCAAUCCGCUGGUCUACACGUUGUUCAACAAGACGUAUCGUGCAGCUUUCCUGCGCUACGUUCGCUGCCAGUACCAGCCGCCAAAAAAACCUCUGCAGCUCAUACUGGUGAACACCAUCCCGCCGCUGGCGUUCAGCUCCACCCACCUGCCUCUGGGCGACAUCACAAAGUUACGGAAUGGAGCUGCGCUCUCUAGUGGUGAAACGAGGGACUUCUCUUUACCCGGGCAGGAAAUACUGUCGUGUAGGUCGGACAGAAGCCACAGAGACGGGGAUGAAAGCUGCGUGUGAAACUCUGCCUCAGAGUCAGUCAUGGAUCAGAACAUUAACCUCUGUGGUCACUUCUUUAUCGGAGCAAAGACUUUCAAGGUUUUAAAGACAAAGUGCCUCCGCGUCGUAGAAACACCGACGUCUUCAGAAAACUGGGAUUAUCAUACAAAGCUUCAUCGUUCAGAGCAGCCUGAGACGAUCUGAUCCUCGGUAUCAGAGUCUGGAUCAAGUUUCUAUAUUACAACACAAAAACCUUCUGAUAACCAUCCACCCCAAAAUAAAGUCGUCAGAGAUUGUUCUCGUAUUAAAGCCCUGAAGUCUUGGGUUUUGGUCUCGGUGCCGUUUCAAAGCUUCCGCCAGAAAAUCACAUUAGUCCUGGAAAGUUUUCCUUCAUUUUUUAACGAGAUGGAAUCGAUCGAUAUCUUUCAGUCGGAACAUGAAGCCACGAAGAAGAAAAAGAGAAACAGUCGAUGCAAAUGAUGCAAAAGGUUUUAAUAGAAACUCCGAAAGGGUCAAAUAAGGUUCAUAUCAUUUCAUUCAGCAGCAGUGACCUCAGAUGCUCCUUCAUCCACCGGCCUCAGUCUCCUCCCAUCAAACCUUCGGGUGGAUCAGCCUGGAUGAGACUGGAUGAGACUGGAUGAGACUGGAUUUCCUGCGGCUCCAUCGGAUCUCAGUGUCGGAGACGUAGAUCAGGAGGAACCAGAGAAAAGCUGCUGCUGCUGCUGCUGCUGUGUUUUCUGAUGGAAACACAAACUUUGUGUGACGACAUUAGAGAGAGACAGCGAAAAAUUUAUAUUUGUAUUUUGUGAAUCUUUGUACAUGUUGAUCUUUGUUCCUGAUGUGAUGCCGUGCCACGAUUGUAAAAACGAGUUUGUAGGAAACAAGGACUCACGUGAAAAUGUGUUUGUUGUUAAAGUCACUUUUUAUCGUGUUGUAACUGACGCUCGGUUGGUAGAUGUUUAAACAUCAUUUUAAAAUGUGAUGAU